CGUCCUCCUGAUCCCCGCUGGUGCUCCUUCAGCUGCCUCACUUCCACCCCGCGGGUUCCCAUUCACUGCUCCGGCCGCAGCUGGGUUCUGAACCCGGCGCCGGGCCCCAGGAGGGCGCGGGGCAGGUGCCCCGGCAGCGCGCAGCCUCCGCUCCCGGUGCCACCCUCAGAGCCACCGGCACAUGCACACGCCACCACCCGUCCCUCACCCCUUCCCCGAUGCUCAGGCUCCGCCAGCCGCGGUCUCUACAUCUCCAGCGAGCGGCGAGAGCGAGGCAGCGAGGCGCGGCCGCCAGCAGUGACACCAUGUGACGGGCAGGGCUCGGUGACACGCAGCUUUGGUUAAAGAGCGGGCGCGCAGGAGCGGAGGAGACGGUGCGCGGGACGGGAGGGAUGGCCUGACUUCCCCGGUUACACCGCCCUCGCGAGCCAUGGAUGCGGAAGAGCCCCGCGCCCCCCAGUAGGAGAAUGACUGCGAUUCGAGACCCUCAGCGCCCGAGCGUGUGGCCAUAUUUAUUGAGUGUCAGUGGUGUGCCAGACGCUCUAUCUAUGUGCAUAGGACAGCCCUGGAAGGCCAUAGGACAGGAUGCGUGCAGUGGUCAUCUCUGCUUGCUGAGAUAACAGGGGAGUGAAGCUUAUAUUCUUGCUGCUAUCUGCUUCUAAAUACACUUGGGACAGGAGAAACUUGGACGACUUUUUUUGACUACAGAUCCUUCUAAACAUGAUGCAUUUCAAAAGUGGACUCGAAUUAACUGAGUUGCAAAACAUGACGGUGCCUGAGGAUGAUAACAUUAGCAAUGAUUCUAAUGAUUUCACUGAAGUCGAAAAUGGUCAAAUAAAUAGCAAGUUUAUUUCUGAUCGUGAAAGUAGAAGAAGUCUCACAAACAGCCAUUUGGAAAAAAAGAAAUGUGAUGAAUAUAUUCCAGGAACAACCUCCUUAGGCAUGUCAGUUUUCAACCUAAGCAAUGCCAUUAUGGGCAGUGGGAUUCUGGGACUCGCCUUUGCCCUGGCAAACACUGGAAUUCUGCUUUUUCUGAUACUUUUGACAUCAGUGACAUUGCUGUCUAUAUAUUCAAUAAACCUUUUAUUGAUCUGUUCAAAGGAAACAGGUUGCAUGGUUUAUGAAAAGUUGGGAGAACAAGUCUUUGGCACCACAGGGAAGCUUGUAAUCUUUGGAGCCACCUCUCUACAGAACACUGGAGCAAUGCUGAGCUACCUCUUCAUAGUAAAAAAUGAACUACCCUCUGCCAUAAAGUUUCUCAUGGGAAAGGAAGAGUCAUUUUCAGCCUGGUACGUGGAUGGCCGAGUUCUGGUGGUGAUGGUUACCUUUGGCAUAAUUCUCCCUCUGUGUCUCUUGAAGAAUUUGGGGUAUCUUGGCUAUACUAGUGGGUUUUCCUUGAGCUGUAUGGUGUUUUUCCUAAUAGUGGUCAUCUACAAGAAAUUUCAAAUUCCCUGCAUUGUUUCAGAGCUUAAUUCAACAAUGAAUGCUAAUUCAACAAAUAUUGGCAUGUGUACGCCAAAAUAUGUUACCUUCAAUUCAAAGACCGUGUAUGCUUUACCGACGAUUGCAUUUGCAUUUGUCUGUCACCCGUCAGUCCUGCCAAUUUACAGUGAGCUUAAAGAUCGCUCACAGAAAAAAAUGCAGAUGGUUUCAAAUAUCUCAUUUUUUGCCAUGUUUGUGAUGUACUUCUUGACUGCCAUUUUUGGCUACUUGACAUUCUAUGAAAAUGUACAGUCAGACCUGCUUCACAAGUACCAGAGUAAAGAUGACAUUCUCAUCUUGACAGUGCGGCUGGCUGUCAUUGUCGCUGUCAUCCUCACAGUGCCGGUGUUAUUUUUCACAGUUCGUUCAUCUUUAUUUGAACUGGCUAAGAAAACAAAGUUUAAUUUAUGUCGUCACAUCUUGGUUACCUUCAUACUCUUGGUUAUCAUCAACUUGUUGGUGAUCUUCAUACCCUCCAUGAAGGAUAUUUUUGGAGUCGUAGGAGUUACAUCUGCUAAUAUGCUUAUUUUCAUUCUUCCUUCAUCUCUUUAUUUAAAAAUCACAAACCAGGAUGAAGAUAAAGGAACUCAAAGAAUUUGGGCUGCCCUUUUUUUGGGCCUGGGAGUGUUGUUCUCCUUGGUCAGCAUUCCCCUGGUCAUCUAUGAUUGGGCCUGCUCAUCGGGCAGUGAUGAAGGCCACUGAGACCAGCCAAGAGAAGGAAACAUUCCGGUCUGCUGCUCAAUCAAGUCACCACACAUCAGCAACCCUUCAUCAUUUUUUUUGCAAGUUUACAGAAGCAAACAGGAAUUUACAAGAUACUUAAAAAAUAACACUUUGGCUGCAAAACAGAGACGUGUUUCUAUAAUGGUUCAUGUCCCUCCAAGAUUUGGCAUCAAUUUAGGGAUUGUAGUUUUUUUUUUUUUUUUAAUUUCAUGCAAUCAUAUUUCUCAGUACUUUUCAAAAUCUUUUUUCAUUCUAUUUAUUGUGGCUUCACAGUCUCUUAGAACUUUGAAAACAUCAUCAGUCAUGUCUAUUUAUUAUAUACCCAGAUUCUGAAAUAAUUUUCCUACUGAUGUUCGGCUCACAUUAUCUAUACCUUUUUAGAAGAAAAAAAAAAAACCUUGAAUUGUAUAUAUUUAUUUUGCUUUACAGAAAAAAAAUUUCGUAAAUAAUUUGCCUAUUUUGGUUAACAUAGCACACAGGGAUAAUCAUCUGAAAGUCAGAGGGCACUUGCCAUUGCUUGAUCAGAGCAUGCCCAAUAUUUGCGGCAGCUCUGAUCACCUGGCAGUCCAGUGGUCUAGCUGGCACCACAUCCUGCUGCUGUGCAGAGACAUUCUCUGGUGAGUGUUCUUAGCUGGAAAGUGGGUGGGGUGGAUUCUCACCUUAGAAAACACAUCAAACCACACAUUUGGGUACUCUAGCAAAUGGAGUUUUAUGUCCCUCUUGGCAUGUGUCAAAGUUACUUUAGUCUGAGUCGACUUCUACUGGGGACCCAUGGCACCUACAAAAAGGUUGUUCAAAAUGCCUAAGAAAAUGUUCCCCUGAUGCAAAUAGCCUUCAGCCCUCUACCUGUAUUGCUGAAGGAGGGCAGGGAGGACGUUCUAUUAAAUUAUAAUCCCAGAAGUUUUUACUCAUACCCACCAGCUUUUUUCACAGACAAUAAUGUGUACCUGACUAAGGGUGAUCUAGGAUAAGUAAUUCCUAUUUUAUAUUGGGUACUUUAGGGAAGUCUUUAAAAGACUUGUUUUAUAUUUAUAAAUUUAGGUUAUUACAAGUACAUGAUUUUUGUACCUUAAAUAAGCCUCAUUUCUUCUCCAUUAACUUUCCACUCAUAGUCUUGAAAUCCACAGAGAGAGUCUUUGUGGAGAACUUCUGGUAAAAUCACUGUGGACCUUCCUCUAGGGAAGAUAAGAGGGUCUCAGUAUCUGUGCUGUUGCCUCUUCUCUUCCCUAAGCAAGCAGAAGGUUAUGUGAUCCAUGAAGGAGGGCAGAGUUGCUUCACACUCCUAUCGUAGUCUCUCACCUAAUGGGAGCAGAAGGAAACUGGACAUAUCAAAAAAGAAGACAAUUUGGGAUAUAGUAACUGGGAAAGAAAUGGAGAAUAGAAGGGAAAUCCAGAAUUGGCGUUUCCCUAAGCUGGGUUAUUGCCUGUAAUUGGACUGUCCAUGUCAUACAUAGAGUAAGAACUAUGUGUGCUCUUGAAACAGAACUUGUGUUUCAUCUAUAUUCUGGUGAAUUUUCCAAAAACAUAAGUUCACCAAGCACAGAUUUCUUAUCUGGAGAUAAGUAGAAUCAAACUGCAGUCUACUGGCAGAGUUUCCAGGCACUCUGGGUUCUAUUCCUUCCUGACUGAAAUCCCCAAAGGACUUCACUCUUGCUGAGAGGAAAAUGGACUGGUCCCUCCCAUUACAGCCUAAUAUCUUGUAAAUAAGGCUGGCAUUGAAGCACCUGUCACAAUUAUCUUGGGGGGAAAAGGAAAGGUUAUUCUCAGGAUUGCAUCACAGUUUUUAAUAUAAUGCUACAGAAUUACAUUCACAUUACAUCAGAGUUCAUAUUUAGAUAUUCAUAUCUAGGUCAGGUAUGAAUAUCUAACCUAGCGAAAACCACAGCCAUUUCUGUCUUUUUUAGAAGUAUUUUCCGUAUUAUAUACACAAUGAUGGAAACAGCAAAACAAGAUUCAGUUGGCCUUUAGGGACCAGUCUAGAGUACCAAGUAAAGAGAUAAUAACCAGGUUGUGGAAUGACACAUUUAAAAAAUACAUAAUUUACUUUGCAAGCUACAUUAUGCCACUUUCUAUUUUCCUCAUUUCUUUAUAACAAUUCAUUACAUGCAAAGUCAACUUACAAAACUGUCAUUAACUCUGGGAUGUGUAGUGAUUUUUUUUGGAUCUCUGGAUUUUACGUGUCAGUACAAGGAUUUUUAAAUUGUUAUUUAAAAUAUAUUUAUUUAGAGGGGUACAUUGUUGUUGAUGUCUGUGAUAACCACAUGUUUUUAAAACCUUCUUUGUAUGUUUACCCAAGUGUGUUGUUGACUGAAUAGAAUAGAUCCUACUGUAACUUGUCAAAUAUCACUGAUCAAUUUUACCAUUUAUGUGGGGUUAGCUGUAAAGUGUACUGCUCUUACUCUUGUUCAGAGUAGUGAACUGAUAGCCAAAAAAUACAUGUAUCACAGAUGUUAGGUAGAAUUUAAACAGCACAGUCAAGUGCUAUAAAAGUUUUUCUGCUAAAUUAGUAGACUAAAGAAUACUAUACUUUAGCCAUGGGGAGUAGCACGUUUUUCUUUGGUAGAUAGGCACUUGACACUAGUGAGCAGUGCCAGUGUCAUACUUUGGAUUUAGAGCCAUUCUCUAGUUAUCUUAACACAGAAUAUUAUAAAUCCUUAAUUUACUUAAUGCCACUUAUUGGAAGUGGUGGAUAGUGAAACAUAUGCAGGAAGGAAAUCUAACUUUUUUAGGCCCAGGCAGCCCACAUAUAUUUAUGAGGAGAUCAUAUUCCAAAACACUGUAUGUUAGUUGCUUGCAACCUGGAAUAUAUUUUCCUGUAGAAAUCAGAUUAUACAUGGUGGUUUGGCCCUCCAACUAGCUAGACAAGAUGGUUAAACCCAUAGUUUAGCUAUAUAGAAUGUAAUAAGAUCGCUAAAGAACCUAACCACCACAUAUUAUAUUGUUUCUAAGGGGUGUUGUUUAGAGUUGCCAAGAAUAUAUCUUUGCCUGACAUUAACGGAAGCUGGACUGUCCAUCCCAGCCACAUAUCAGCUGCUGGACAGUGGGGGUAAGGUCAUUCCCAGCUAGACGUGGCCAAGUGGCCUAAAGCAGGGUUUCCAGCAAAGACCAGGAAGAAUAAGUUCAGGGCCAACAGAGUGGUGAGAGGAGGAAGAUAAAGUGGAGUGAGAGCAACUCUUGUGGAUUAUAAACUUCUAGGGACAUUCCUCUGCUGGUAUCUUUUCUUUUCUCUGGAGGCCUCCGAAGUGGCCUGCCUGCUUCUCUUUGUAUGAACUUUGCUUCUAGAGUUUAUCUCCUUCCCUGCCCACUACAGAAAAGGAUGUUGUGCUCCUGGCUCCUCUCACAGGCAAGUGUUGAGGUCAGCACACAGCACUUUCAGUUGUUUCCGUGAUAGUAUUUAUGGUUUAAAUGCCCAGUAUUCAGAUGGAGAGUAAAAAAAAAAUCCUCUACCCACAUUUUCUUUUUUAAACACACAUUUGCAAGCCCUGUUGAGAAGAAAGGCAUACCUGGAUGAUGGUAAUGGGGCUUGGGUUGGACAAAGGACUGUGGUAAAGUUCCUCAGUAUUUCAUUAGACACUGCAGACACCCCAGAGCUGACUUCUUUCUAGAGCUGGGCUCAAGCCUCUAAGCCAGUGGUUCUCAAAGUAUGGUCCCCAGACCAUGACCACCAGCAGCAGCAUCUGCAAACUUGCUGAAAUGCAGAUUCUCAGCCCCACCCCAGGCCCAGUGAAGUCAGAUGCUCUCAGGGCCAAGGCCCAGCAAUCUGUUCUAGCAAGCCCUCAGGGUGAUUUUGAUACACAUCAAGUUUGAGAACCAUUUGAAGCCAGUUAGUGUGUCCUUUUUUCUCUCUAUUAGUCCCAUCUCAGAAGAUGGUCCCUAGGCUCAUGAGGUAAGAAAUGGGAAGCAGGGCUUAAAGAUGGAAGGAAAGGAUCCUUGUAGCAGGAUCUCUGUGAUGGCAAGGAAGUGAGGGAACCCUGUGCUGCCACGAGGUUGCCCCUCUCUUGCUAGAAAUUACCAGUGUAGGUGCCCAUUUGAAAGCAAAGGCUGCCUGCCCUCUGGGAUCAUUGGGGGCUAAGCACAAUAAUAUUGCAUUUUUUUAAGGUCGUGAAGAAAUGAAAGGCUUUUUUUUUGGGGGGGGGGAAUUACAAAGAAAAUACCCUUUGUGAAUGCAACAUUAGAGAACAUACUGAGUUGGUGUCGGGAGGAGGUUCUCCAAAGUGUUUGUGUUCAUCAUGAAAUGAUCAAUACUGUCCUCCUUUUAAAGUGAAUUCUUUACUAAAAGGUCUGCAUUACUUAAGGAGUUAAAGGCCACUCUGAAAAGAAUGCAGAGCUCACUCCCAUUUCAGUGGGGAAUAACACUGGGUGACACAUUUAGUUGGAAUGGAUUGGAAGUCGAGGAUAGAUCAGAUAUUUAAUUUUAUACCUUACAGCAAAGCCUAAUAGUCUUCCUCAGUUUAUCAAUUUAAAUGGCUUGAAACUUAGAAAGGGUGUAAGCUUUAAGAAUAUAAUUCCCCCAUUCAGAUUCACAAGAAAGAACAUACAAAAUAAAGAAAAUACAGACUUUACAUCAUUCUGCAGUACUAAUAAAUGGUGUUUCUUAAAGACGGCAGAGCUGAGAAUCCUAAAGCAGCAGAACAUACUUUCUGUAAACUACAAUGAAUGAUUUUAUAGUGAUAUAAGGCUUUCAGGUACAAAUUAGGGGUGGGGUGGCUGACAACUGAAAAAUAUUGCUGAAUCUAAAUGGGAAAGUUCUUUAAAAACAUAAAAUUCACACGAUGUAGACAUUGUCCUUCUUUAGAAUUCUCUCUGAGGAAGGGCUAUGAAACUGGGCCAAUCUGUAUACAGGAUCAAAUCUGUGAUUUUUAAGGGAAGAAUCUAUGCAGCUGAGGCUUACUGUAGGAAAUACUUCAUUGUAUGUAUAUAUAUUGUAAAUAAAUAGGAGGCUGUAUAUUUUUGCAGUUGUUGAUCCACACUGAAAUAGACUAGUAUCUGCAUAUAAAGAAUAAAUGUUUUCAUAGGUAUUAGUGGUUUUGUUUGGGAAUUAGAAAAAAGUACAUUCUUUCCUAGGUAACAUAGUUCUCUCAAUAUAAAUUUGGGACCUAAAACUUUACUUGUUCAGAAAAAGAAAUGUCUGAGAAAUAGUUGCAUUGAUUUUUUUAUGCUGGUAUUAAAAUCAAUUAUUUAAAAGAUAGUUGUCUGAGCUACAAAUAAGGAAUAUUAAGACCCAAAUUAUUGUCAUAUAGAAACAGAUAUACCCCAAAUGACAAAUUAUUUCUUCAUAAUGCUCUUUCACUAUUAACAUUGUUACCACUACAGGGACCAGCAGUUGGCGUAAUGGUUAUAUCGCUGGACUCCCAUGUAGUUGACCACGGUUCGAGUCCCAGGCUUAAACACACCGGGCGCAUGUGCGUGCGUGCCCAAGAUCCCAAGAGG